AUGAAAUUGAGUCUGAAACGCCACAUCCACAAGGGUGAUCUUUUGCACAAGGCGACUCCCUUAUUUGUCCAUUUGCUUAUGAUACUGAGCGUUGGAGCAUAUGCAAUAUUUGGAGCAGUUGUUAUGAGACGAUUGGAAUCGAAGGCGAUUGUCGAUGUUGGUGAGAUUAAGGAAGUGCAUAAGCGCGAUUUACACUAUGAAACAGAAAUCAAUAAGCUUCUCCAUGUUGGUCAGAAGCAUCGACGUCGUCGACGUCACAAUGAGACAGACGAGGAGCUCAUCGAGAAGUUUGGGAGGAAUCUGAACGCACGCGAACGUCGCGCUGCCGCCCACGUGAUGCGAGGUCGACGUUGCGUCAUCGCGACAAUCAAGAAGAUGGCCAAUCGCGAGUGUUCGAUGGAAGAGCUCGACGAGAAGCUCGUCAAGGAGCUUGACGAGUGCUACCAUGUAGCCAUCGAGCAUGACACUCACGUCAAUCACGUACUUUAUACCAACAGUCGAGAACAAGUGGAAUCGGUUGGUGAAGAAAGUGAGGAGCAUAUUGAAGCAUGGUCAUUCAUGGACUCCCUAUUGUUCGCAUUUACAGUGAUCACGACAAUUGGAUACGGCAAUGUUGCGCCAAGGACGUUUGGCGGACGAUUUUUUGUCAUUGUCUAUGGUCUCGUUGGGAUCCCAUUCACCCUUUUGGCAAUCGCAGAUCUCGGAAAAUUCAUCUCUGAAAUAAUGAUAAUGGCAACAAAUGCGUGGUUGCGAACAUGGAAGCGGCUCAAAAAAGCGUGGCAGAAUAAUUCAAAGUAUCUAAUGAGAUACCCAAAAUCACCGAAGUUUGGCAACGGAAAUUGCAAGCCGAUAUUGAAUCAGGAUAUUGAGGAAGAGAUAUUGGAAGACGGCAAAGACGGCGACGAUGACAAUUGUUCGCAACAUUCUGAAGAAGAGGAUGAGCUCUCUGAAACUCAGGCAUUAUCGCUCUUUAUUUUAUUUUUGAUCUACAUCGCAGCAGGCGGCGUGAUGCUCGCUUCAUAUGAGCCUGAUAUGGACUUUUUCAAGGCAGUUUAUUUCAAUUUUGUGACACUUACUUCAAUCGGACUCGGUGAUAUUGUGCCAAGAAGUGAAACGUACAUGUUCAUCACAAUCAUUUAUAUUGCAAUUGGUCUUGCUCUCACCACAAUUGCCAUUGAAAUUGCCGCAGACGCGCUCAAAAAACUACAUUAUUUUGGGCGGAAAAUCGAAAAUGUCGGAAACGUGGCGAUUUGGUUUGGAGGAAAAAAAAUUACUAUGAAGGCGUUGGUCAAAAAUCUUGGAGAUCAGUUCAAUUUGCCAACAACGGUUGUGAAGAAUCUGAAUCUUGACACGUUUGUCGAGCAGGCGAUUAAAGUCGAAGAAGGAGAAAUUGAGACGUUACGGCCUCCUCCAUUCGAACCAGAUCCGGAAGAGUUCCAAGCGGACUUCGCGGACGAGCCAGACACAGAAUGGAUUCGCGAUCCGACCCCGACGCCAGAACCAUCGCCUGAACCCGUCUAUCGUCUUCCGAGCCCUUCUCCCUCGCCAUCACCCGAGCCAAAUCCACCAUCACCGACACCAUCGCCAAUGUCUUCGGCAGGAUCGCCGGUGGUGCAAACACCAUCACCGGAAGUUCCGCCUACACCUGAGCCUGAGCCUGAACCAUCACCUCCACGUGACCCUACUCCACCUCCGAAGACUCCGACACCGCCACCAAGAGAGCCAACGCCUGAGCCUGAGCCAGCGAGAGAACCCACUCCUCCACCACCACCUCCGCCAGCAAAACCGCGCGCUCUGACGGCGGCCGAAAUCGCCGCACAGAAACGAAAAGCAUACAGCGAGGAAGCCUGGAGACGCUAUCAAGAGUAUCAGAAGCAGUGGAAGAAAUUCCGACAGACACAAAAGCCGAGCACGUCGACGCCUAAAACUGCUGCGUCGGGGUCCCGUGACGUCGCCGCAGCACCAUCUGUGCCUUCAAGCCGCAGCCAUUCGAUGGCACAAAACUUCGCGGUCGGCGACACCUGA